AUGGAUGUCCAUUCUUUCGAAAGAGUAAAAGAAAAAUGGGAUGUUAUUUUUAAAGAUCCACUACUUUCAUUAACAAGUCUUCGUGAAAAAGCAAUCAAAGGAAAUGUUUGUUCACAAAGUUUAAGAUCCGUUUGCUGGAAAUUAUAUUUAUCUUAUUUACCUAGUCCAGACAUAUCUACUUGGACUCUAACUCUUCAUAAGGAACGACAGCAUUAUGCAGAUCUUCGUCAAAAAUAUAUUACCAAUCCGAACACAGAGUCUGAUAAUGAUAUUAUGGAUGAUUUAACUGUUAACAAUCCUUUAUCUUUAGACCAAGCUAAUCCUUGGCAAGAAUAUUUUAAAGAUACUGAAUUAAGAAAAAUUAUAAAACAAGAUGUUGAAAGAACAUUCCCUGAUAAUGAAUAUUUUCGUACUCCAGAAACUCAAAGCCGUCUUCUUGAUAUACUUUUUAUUUAUUGUAAAAUGAACACUGAUGUUUCAUAUCGUCAAGGAAUGCAUGAACUCUUAGCUCCUAUUUUAUGGGUAGUUGAUCAUGAAAGUAUAUCUGGUGCAGACGGAUUUGCAAUGGAGAACAGUGAAGACUCGAUCAUUAAACAGACAUUGAAUUCUGAUUAUGUGGAACAUGACAGUUUUGUAUUGUUCUCUGCUCUUAUGAAAGCUGCUAAAUUAUAUUAUGAAUAUAAUGAUGAAAUAUUUAAUCAUAAUGCGAGGUUGAUUAAAGAAGCUCAAAAUGAAGUUGCUAAGCUUACACCUGUUGUGGUUAAAUGUAAUAAAAUAUUUAACGAAUAUCUUAAAACGUUUGAUUUUGAAUUAUACGAACAUUUGUCAAAUUUGGAAAUAGAACCUCAACUUUAUGGAAUACGAUGGAUAAGGCUUCUUUUUGGUCGCGAAUUUCCAUUGAAUAAAGUUCUUAUUUUAUGGGAUGGAAUGUUUGCUGAAGAUCCUACAUUAAGAAUUGUAGACUUUGUCUGUAUAGCUAUGAUAUUACAUAUUCGUGAUGAACUGUUAGAAUCAGAUUUUACAGGAUGUUUGAGUAUGUUGAUGACAUAUCCACCAAUAGAUGAUGUACAAUUAUUAGUGCCUCAAGCAAUUCAUCUUCGUGAUCAUUUAUCACCUGAAGGUGGUGCUUACAUCAUUUCAGAGAAUGCAUUAAGAGUUGGUAAGCCUUUACCAGCACCAUAUCAAGUAUAUGAACAUAGUCGAAGUGAAAGUAUUGUUCCAGAUGGAUUUGUUCAUGUUACUAAAAAUGUUUUGGAAAGCCGUAGUGCUGCUGUUUUGAAUAAAGCUAUUUUAACUGCUGUAGGUGAAGUAAAGAAAAAUGUUUUACGUCGUUCUGAUAUACAACAAAAUUAUGAUGGUAGAAAACGUGGUACUGAAUUUACUUUCCAGGUAUCUAAGCUUGAGUAUGAAAUUAUUAAUCAUCCUUCAUCAGCAAUUGUCAUUGGUCGUUCUGGAACUGGAAAAACCACAUGUAUUGUGUUUAGACUUCUUGCUUCAUACCUGAAAAGCCAACCCAACGAAACAUCAAAUGACAAUGGUGAGGAUUCUCAUAAAAGACAAAUAUUCAUUACGUUGAGUGAUAAUCUUUGUCACAAAGAUGUACAAAGAUCAAUCCCACGAGGAAAGUGA